AUGGCGGACGAUGAACGCCGAGUGAAGCGAUCUCGCUUUGACCAAACUGAACCUGAGCCCCGGCGAUCCCGCUUUGACCGACGCUCUCGAUCUCCCUCCAACCGCCAGUCGGAGUCGGCCCGCAGUCGUAGUCCGCUGAGUCGCCCACUGAGUCGCAGCCCUGCCCCAGACGCUCCAGCAAAGACAUCGGCAGUGGAUCCGGCCGCCGCCGCAGCGGCAGCAGCAGCCAAGAUUAACGCGCAGCUUCAGGCGAAAAAGGGUAUUCAACAUGUUGAUGUCCCUCCAAUCCGCUCUGCCGACAACGCGACAGAGAACUCCCAGUCCCCAUCUGCCGAGGGCGCAGCGAAGUUGAAUGCCGAAAUCUACGUCGCAGAUGGAGACUACAUCAAGGACAUUGAGAUUAACGAUCUGCGCAAUCGGUACACCUUGACCAAGGGAUCUACUCAGAAGAUGAUUCAAGAUGAAACCGGUGCCGAUGUGACCACCCGAGGAAACUAUUACCCCGACAAGAACAUGGCGACUGCUGCGAACCCUCCCCUUUACCUACAUGUGACCAGCACCAACAAGGAAGGCCUGGAGAAGGCAGUCGCCAUGAUUAAUACCCUGAUGCUAAAAGAACUUCCGAACCUGGUUGACGAGCGACGUUUCCGCCGUCGGGAACCCGAGCAACAGGUUGAGCGGGAUGAGUAUGGCCGUCGCAAAUGGCCGGAUGAGCGCAUCCCAAUCAAUCUUGAGCCAAUCCCCGGUUUCAACUUGCGCGCUCAAGUCGUCGGACAGGGUGGUGCUUAUGUGAAGCACAUCCAACAGCAGACUCGUUGCCGUGUUCAGAUAAAGGGCCGUGGCUCUGGAUUUAUCGAAUCGAGCACUGGUCGUGAAAGUGACGAACCGAUGUUCCUUCAUGUGGCUGGUCCUGACGCCAACGAUGUCCAGCAAGCAAAGGAGCUUUGCGAGGACCUUCUAACCAAUGUCAAGGAACAAUACCAGCGUUUCAAGGAGAGCCCACCCCAGCACAACUAUGGUGGAUACGGUAACCGUGGUGGUGAUCGUGGUGAUCGUGGUGACCGCUACCAAGGAGGCGGUGGAUACGGCGGCUACAACAAUCGCCAGCAGUACAAUCCUUCCUCUGCUAGCCCUGCCGGCCAGGCUUCUGCUGCUGCCGUUGCUUCCCCUGGUGCUGCAACCCCCACUACCGCUGACUACAGUGCCCAGUACGCCCAGUACUACGGUACUGCCGACCCAUAUGCUGCCUACGGCGGAUAUCAGAACUAUGUCGCAUACUACCAGUACUAUCAGCAAAUGGCCGCCGCCCAGCAGCAGGCAGAUGGCACUGCUCCAGCUGCUCCAGCUGCUCCGGCUGGCGAGGCCCCUCCUCCACCCCCUGGCUCAGGAUCCCCGCCGCCUCCACCUCCUGGUGCAGGUGGCGGUGGGUACGGCGCGGUCCCUCCACCCCCUGGCCUAUAA